AUGCACAAGAGAUGUACCAUCAUGUGCCCUGGUAUAAAAUGCAUUCGCCUUCGGAAAAAGUGCGAAUAUACUGAUUGGUCGGAAUCGAACACUACUGCGAGCAAUGCGGUAUUCCAUACAUCAGUGCCCCGUCCCCAUGUUGAUAGUAGAAGUCACGUUAAGGACUAUAUCGCGAUAACUACCAACCAGCACAGCUCCGCCGAAGGCCCCAGCCGACCAUUUCCGCUAUCGUUCUUCUUGGAUACCGAUUUCCUGACCCCUUUGAAUGCAAAUGCUCUCGAUUUUGGGUCUGAAUCGUCCCCCAUUUGGAGAUCUGCAUUAGCCUCUCUUAAGCAUGAUCAUAGCGAGAUCUGUCUGCAAUAUCUCGCGACUGUGCACAUGUGGCUACCCAUGAUUAGCAAGAAGCGACUUAUACGAGACCUAGAGAGUCUAGACCAUGGUUCUGCCCACGUGGACACCUGUCUGCCUCUCCUUCUAUUAUGCAUGGGUCUCUGCUUAAACCGAAUCGAGUAUCGGCCUUCCAUCUCUAGCUUAUAUGCAGUCGCAACAUCACUCUGCUCGACCGCGGAAACGACUGGGUUCGUCUCUAUACGUCUCGUUCAAUCUCUUGUUCUAUUAGCUGUAUAUGAGCUCUCUAACGCCAUUUAUCCGGCCGCAUACCUCACCAUAGGCCGUGCGGCCCGGCUGGGUAUUCUAAUGGGUAUGCAUGAUAGAGAGCGCGCGCAGCAGCUCUUUGAAGACUUCGAGACCUGGACUCUCCGCGAAGAGCAACGUAGGACAUGGUGGGCGGUCUUCGUACUUGACAGAUUUGUGAACAUCGAAACGAGGGGAAUGCCGUUUGCAGCACCUGAGCCCUGUUUCGAAGAGCUUUUACCAGUCAACGACGAAGAUUGGGACAGCGGAACGAUAGUGGGAAGCGAACAUCUAUACUCCACCACCUUCAGCGAAACCAUGGUGCUAGGUUCAUUUGCCACUGUGUGCCAGAGUGCUCACAUGCUCAGUAAGGUCGCCCAUCACAGAGCAGCAAAAUUGACAUCAGACGACGCCGCGCACCUGCUUUCCGAAGCCCACAAUCUCCACACCGCGCUCUCUAUGCUCCAUUCCGCCCUCGACAAGUCGGAAAUUAAUGGCACAUCGUUCAAUAACUCCCAAUCCCCUUCUAGGCUGAUGGCUUCGGCGCUUUGUACUUCAAGCGGCCUCAUACUGUACAACUUAUACGGUUGCAAUGAGCCUACGGGCUCCACCGUACGGGAGCCUCUCGCACUAGAAAUGCAGAACAUUUGUCUCCGUGGUAUUAAAGAUCUUGCGGUUUCUACUGCACCAAAGAUUGCCAAAAUUGACACUGCAUGCCCCUUCACGGCGCCAUGUUUGUACCAUGCUGCUACAGAGUGCGCAUGGUUUAUACGAGAAGAUCAUGAUCCAAAAAUGUACGAGGCUCUGAGGGAAAUCGUUAAAGGGCUACAGUGCCUUGAGAUACGCUGGCGUCUUGCAGGGGAGUAUCUGAACUUGCUUGAACAAGCAGGAGCCAUGAAACUCAUUAAUCGCGAAUGA